AUGCCUGCCAAAUAUUCCAUCACCCGCCAUCCCCGCUAUACCGCGCUCCUUGCAGUCGUGCUGAUCGCGACCGUCUUCGUCUUUUCGCAAGGUUCAAGCAACGUCGAGAGCUACUUCAGCAGAGGCGACAGUCUCAAAUGGCGGAUUAUCGAGGAGGACGAGCGAUACGACAAGCUGCUCAUAGACCGAGAAGCGAUGGUCCGCAAAUGGGGGCCCACGCCUGCCCUAGUUGAGGCCUUCCCUCCUCGCGACGACUUUUACACUCUUUGGGAUUUCUUCAUUCCUGCGUUCCAAUGCCCGCACCGUGUUGAGCGCGUCGGCGUCCUUGGUGACGGAGGCAAGUGGGUGUGCGGGCUGGAUCGCAUUGCUCGCCAGAAAGAAUGUGUCAUAUACUCGUUUGGCGUGAACAACGAGUCCUCCUUCGAGGCGGAGCUCCUUCGCCGUGCUCCUGGAUGCCAGGUGUGGGGGUACGACUUCAGCGUACCGUCGUUUGGACCCGAAAUCACCGCCGUCCCAGCACUGCGUGAUCGCUCGCACUUCCAUGCCUGGGCACUUGGUGAGGUCGAUAACCACGGUCCGGGAGUGUACCCGCCGACAUAUUCGUUGUCGACCCUCAUGGCGCUCAACGGCCACCAAUUCAUUGAUAUUUUGAAGGUGGACAUUGAAGGCGCGGAGUUCACCGCCCUGUCAUCUUUCCUCUCUGUCCAGACAGCCAUGCAAGGCACAGAGCCCCAUAAUCCUCACGCACCACCCUCAUCGCCGAAUAACGCGGCGCAUCCUGCUGCGCCUCUCCCUAUCGGGCAGAUGCAAAUUGAGAUCCAUGCGCGAUCCGACACGGGGUACAGCACUUUCGCUCCAUUCAAGUCAUGGUGGGAGUCACUCGAGCGUGCCGGAUUGCGUCCGUUCUUCACUGAGCCGAAUUUGGUGUAUGUCAAUCUGAUUCGUGGCGCAAGGCCGGACCUGGCAGAGUAUUCGUUUAUGAACAUUCGCGGCCACCACGCGCUCGUUUCAGACGACUACCUCUAG